CGUCAAAACGUAGACGCACGAGCCGAUGCUGAAAACUCGCACACAGGCUGACAAGGUAAACACAGCUGACUCAAGGUAUCGGCAUCUUCACAUCAGAAACCAAGAGGCGCAUAAGUAACUGAGAGCUCCAAAAAACAAGCACAUCCAAGAACCUCACCAGUUCUGUCACCUCAUUCUGCAUUAACCAUGGUGGACAAAAUGGCAUCUUUUGGGCAUGCGCUGCUGCGCCGUCGUGUGCUGGACUGCUCUGGGGAGGAAACACGGUUCGCUCGGUGUCUGUCCACUCUAGAUCUGGUGGCGCUCGGCGUGGGCUCCACACUUGGCGCUGGAGUCUAUGUGUUGGCUGGGGAGGUUGCGAGAGAGAAGGCAGGUCCUGCUAUCAUCUUAUGCUUCCUUGUGGCCGCACUUUCCUCCAUGCUGGCUGGACUGUGCUAUGCAGAGUUCGGCGCACGAGUCCCUAAGACUGGAUCUGCAUACUUGUACAGCUAUGUGACAGUGGGAGAAAUUUGGGCCUUCAUCACUGGUUGGAACCUCAUCCUCUCAUAUGUUAUAGGUACAGCUAGUGUGGGGCGAGCGUGGAGCUCUACGUUCGAUAACUUGGUCGAGCAGAAGAUCUCUACCUUCUUCCGGGCAUCCAUGGCCAUGAAGGUUCCUGGGAAAGUUCUUGCAGAAUAUCCGGACCUGUUUGCCCUCAUUCUCAUCCUGCUGCUCACUGGACUGCUUGCUUUUGGUGUAAGUGAGUCUGCUCUGGUGAACAAGAUCUUCACUGGGAUCAACCUGAUAGUGCUGGGCUUUGUCAUCAUCUCUGGCUUUGUCAAAGGCAACACAGCCAACUGGAACCUCACAUAUGAGGACUUCGUCAAUGAUACAAAUAUCACCGAACCAGAAUUGGUAGAAAGCACAUUUGGAAGUGGAGGUUUCGCACCGUUUGGCUUUGGCGGCAUCUUAUCUGGCGCAGCCACCUGUUUCUACGCCUUUGUGGGCUUUGAUUGCAUUGCUACAACAAGUGAGGAAGCCAAGAACCCGAUGCGCUCCAUCCCUGUGGGCAUUGUGGCCUCUCUGCUCAUUUGCUUCUUUGCUUACUUUGGUGUGUCAGCUGCUCUUACGCUCAUGAUGCCUUACUACAAACUCAACACCCAGAGUCCCCUGCCCGAGGCCUUCAGUUACGUGGGCUGGGCACCGGCACGUUAUAUUGUAGCCGUUGGUUCACUCUGUGCCCUUUCGACAAGUUUGUUGGGCUCCAUGUUCCCUAUGCCUCGAGUGAUCUACGCUAUGGCAGAGGAUGGGCUGCUCUUCCGUUCCCUCUCCAGGAUGAACAAGAGAACCAAAACUCCGCUGCUGGCGACUGUUGUGUCUGGAAUAGUGGCAGGUGUGAGACGUUUUUUCGUUUGUUUGUGUUCACAAAUUUUUGUUCCAACUGAAAUCGGAAAUGCGGCAGCCAAUCAGAACAUACUUGUUUGUUUAGUAUACAGUUAUGUGGAUUUUGGACCAAUGAGAUUUCACAGUGGGCGGAGCUACCCAGUGCAGUGCUGCAGAAAUGGAAACAUAAUGUUUGUUUUUGUGGCUACGUUGAUAAAAACGUAUAUUUACAUGGCAGCGAUAGCUUUUAUCACAUUGUGUCUGGCGUUUAACCUCUUAAAGGUGGGGAUGUUAUCUGUGCUGAUCACUGUGCUGUGCAUGGUUUUGGCUCUGCGUCUGGAAGCCAUGGUGAAUCUUGAGAUCGUGUGGGUGAUGACGUGUGUCAUUCUGGUCCUGCUGUGCAUCCUGUGUGUCAUUGUGAUCUGUAGGCAGCCUGAGAGCAAGGAAGCUCUCACCUUCAAGGUGCCUCUGUUGCCCUGGCUGCCCCUGUUCAGUAUCUUUGUCAACAUCUAUCUCAUGAUGCAGCUGGACGUGGCCACCUGGUGCCGCUUCACCGUGUGGAUGGGUUUCGGUUUUGCAAUCUACUUUGGCUACGGCAUCCGGAACAGCACCGAAGGCAUGAACAGCUCCCUCCGAAAAUACGAGCCAGCCCUUCAGAACAAAAGCCCCAUAUAUAUAGGCGGUGAGGAGAGUGAAGUGGAGGGCAUUUCUCCUUGAUAGGGAGAGAACGAUGGGCAUGCUGCCCUAUGUGUUUUCGUUGAAGUCUGCAGAUUUAUUGUAAAAGUCAUGGCUCAUUUAUUGUAGACACUGCCCCAAACAUCUCAGUUGCAAAAAGGAUUUCUCAUCCUCUUGAAAUGAUCAGGUUCUUCUUAAAAGAGCCCCAAGGGUUUUCCGUUAGAGGUUGUCGUGCAGCCUUGGCCCUCCAGUACUGUAAAUGCUGGUUUGAAAGUCCUGCGGCUGCUGUUGUAAUGGCCAUAUUGUCUGGCAGACAGUGAGCUGACUGUGUACAUGGUAUUUUAUUUUCAGGAUCGAGUUCCAAGCACAUUGUUUGUGCGCUAAAGCCUUUGGGUCCAAAAUGGUCUCCUUCCACCUCCUGGUUUCCCAGCACGAGGUUGUGAAGUACAACAGGGCCCCCUAGUGUUCAGAAUUUGAAAAUGGCAAUACAGUUAGACAGUAUUUGUGGUCAUUGGUUACUGUUAGACAGGAUAAUUGAAGAACUGAAACUGAAAAAAAAAAAA